UUUUUUUUUUAACUGCUAUGAACCUCCUUUCUUAUUACUCGGUAUUAUUAUUAUUUUUUCUGACAAAUUGGUUUAUUUAAUCGAACAAUAUCUUGAUUUGAAAACCAAAACAAUCCUACACGUAAAUAGGAAUUAGCACCAACAAUGAAUCGGCACAUGUAUCAUUCCUUUUUGUUUUUUAAACAAGUCGCCCUCUCUCUUUAGAAGUUUUCAAACUGAAACAUCUACUGGGCAACCAAUGGCCAUCAAAGAAUACCACUCUUUCUUUUUUUCCUUUUUUUUUUUUUUUUUUAUUUUUUUAAAAAAAAAAAAUAAAUAAAACACAAGUCCAUGCAUCCAUCUGUCUAAUGCUUUACAGCUAGGAUGCUUCAUCCACAAACUCUUUAUUUUUUGUCUUUUUUCUCGUUGACUUUAUUCCAACUUUACUUAUUUCGCCAAAGUUUGUAGCACGCAACGGUUCAGUCUGCUGGUAUCUUUCAGCAAUACCUUAGCAGAGAGCGGAACUUUCUUCAAGUUAAUGCCGGCGAGCCAAUUUUUUUUCACAUACGCUUUGGUCAGCGAGAUGCAUUUUUUAUGCUGCCGAAAAGCCAAUAUUUCUUUCACCAACAGCUUGGUGGAGAGCCGAUAUAUAUAUAUAUUUUUGGCAACAAUUUGGCAAUGACAUGAAUUUUUUCUUGAUGCAACAUUUUGACAAAAAAUCAAUUUAUCUUUCAGCAACACUUCAGCGGCGAGCAUAUUAUUAUUUUCUUUUCUAAACAAGUCAACCUCUUUAAAAGUUUUCAAACUGAAACCAAUGGCCAUUAAAGAAUAUGACCUUUGUUUUUUUUUUUUUUUUUUUUUUUUUUUUUAAUACAAGUCCAUGCAUCCAUCUGACUGAUGCUUUACAACUAGGAUGCUUCAUCCACUAACUCUUUAUUUUUAGUCUUUUUCUUUGUUGACUUUAUUCAAACUAUACUUAAUUCGCCCAGCAUAGAAGGAGAGGUUUCUUUAGUAAUAUAUAGGUCCAAAGUUCGUUGCAUGCAACGGUUCAGUCUCUGCCAAGGCAUCUUUCAGCAAUCCCUUGGCAGAGAGCGAAACUUUCUUGAAGUUAAUGCCGGGGAGCCAAUUUUUUUUCACAUACGUUUUGGUCAGGGAGAUGCAUUUUUUACGCUGCCGAAAAGCCAAUAAUUCUUUCAGCAACAGCUUGGUGGAGGGCCAAUAAUUUUUUUGUUUUUUGGCAACAAUUUGGCAAUGACAUGUAUUUUUCUUGAUGCAAUAUUUUCACGAAAGCAACAGGCUUUCAAAUUAUUGUAAUUUCUGUCUCGUUGAAUCCAAGUUUGGGCAUCACAAUGGAAAAGCAUCAAUAUUCAGACAUGGAGUCCCAUCUAAAAGCCUACCAGGCCGAGUGUGAAGGAGAUCCCUUUCUUAAGCAAUUCGAUUUGGGCCUCCAACAAAGCACCGGCCGAGUCAUCCACACCCUCAAGGAGGGCGUGAACGCCGGCGGCGAUCGGUCACUCCCUCUGGAGUCAGUAAAAGAGAUCACAGGCUGCUUCGUCAAGACAAAUGUAGAAGUGGCCAAAUACAUUCUCAAAUUCAAAGAGGAGAUAUUGAGGGAUGAUGACCUGUACGAGAUAGUGAAGGACUUCUUUGACAAGAGUCUUCAGAUUUUGGAAGUCUGUACUGUUCUCAAGGAGUGCAUCAACCGUGCCCGAGACGACCAUUUGAUUAUUGAAGUCGCUUUACAUAAAAUCGAGACAGAGGAUAGAGAAUCCGGGUUAAACUUUUUGGAGAAAUUCAAGGCUGCAGGUAAUCCAUUUACAGAGAGGUUCUCCUCCUUGUUAAAAUGUGUUCGUGAAAACCAGGAUUCAAUGUUACAGAAUUUGAAAGAAAAGAAGAGUAAGCUUGAUGAGAAGUUGAAAAACGUGCAGACUUGUAGGACUGUGUGGAAUGUAUUGUUUGGUUUUACUGCUGCUACUUUUCUGGUAAGUUGUUGUGUUGCGGCUUUACCGGUGGUUGUAGUGACCUUGUCUGCUGUGGCAUUGGUGGGGGCGGGUGUUUGGAUUGAUCACCUUUGGAAAAAGCAUGAGGAUGUGCUGAGAGCACAGGGAGACAUACUAAGUUCAUUAGAUGUGGAUUAUAACAUUGGGAAAAUUGAGUUGGGGGAGAUUCAAUCUGGUGUGGAUGAUUUGAAAAAGGAGAUAGAGUCGGUGUUGGAUAGUGUUGAUUUCGCUCUUCAACUUCAAGAUGACCAGAGUGCUGUGCGGCUGACUAUGGAUACGAUCAAGAAGAAGCUGAAUGGGUUUAUGGAAAGCAUCGAGGAUUUGAGUAAACAUGCUUCUAAAUGUGAACAUGAAGUCAAGGAUGGGAUGGACAAGAUCCUGGACAAGAUCAUCAAAUAUCGCAACUGAAAUAACACCCUAGCUGGUCCACAACUCAUGGAAAAAUUUUGAAGAGACUUGAGGGUGAUUUUUAUGGAAUUUUAUGUAAUAAUGUAAUUUGGUUUGGUAUGUUGAAAUAAUGUAAUUUGGUUUGUUAAAAGAAUGUAAUUUGGUUUGGUAGGUUGAAAUAAUGUAAUUUGGUUUCUGCAUUUUGGUAUGUUGGGAGAAUGUAUUUUGGAUAGUUUAUUUUGGUA